CUUUUUUGCUUAGUUUUCUUCAGCCAAAUGUAUAUAUUAUAUAUAUAUCAUACAUAACAUUUCAUUCACUAUGUGUUUUCUUGCUCUCUCCGUCCCUCUUCAUUUCUUGAUUUUCUUAAAGCCCCCUCUUUUGUUCUUCAAAAUAAUCUGAUUCUUCAUUCUUGAGGCCCCUAUAUUUUGCUCAUAAUUUACACUACAAUGGGUUUCUUCAAUUCUUGUGGGGUGGUUUACAAGCCUGCCAAAGAUGUUGAUUUGAGUCCCACAAGUUCUGAAUUCUACCUCAAAGCUCAUGUCAAAGCUCCUCGCAUGGUUGGGAUUGUGGUGAAAAUAUUUGCAUGGGUUCUAGAAAUGAGGAUUUUGGGGAGCAUGCUCUUAUACGUUCUAAAGGCCAAUAAUCUAAUUUACAAGCUCAUUGGAAAUGCGGAGAUAGAAGAGUCGCCUGUUUUUGAGCCCAUGCAUCCUGUAGAAGAAAAAGAAAGCGAGGAGGUCAAGUACAUUGGCUUAGAUCUAUCUGAAACAGAACGAGUUCAAGAGGCAGUUAGUUGUCUGCCUACAUGGUCAGAGAAAGAAGUAAAUUCUUUGAAUCCUUCAUUUCACCGCUGGACAAUAAUGGACUAUUCAAGGGCAUAUUAUUCAAGAAAAAUAACUCCUCUAACUGUUGCAGAGAGAUUCAUAGCAGCUGUGAGCGAAUCAUCCAAACCUCCAUUGAACAUGUCAUUCUUCAUUAAUUAUGAUGUUGAAGAUAUUCUAAAGCAGGCAGCUGAAUCAACUAAACGUUAUGAACAAGGAAAACCCUUUUCAGUUCUUGAUGGUGUUCCAAUUGCAGUCAAGGAUGAAAUAGAUUGUUUACCAUAUCCUACUACAGGGGGGACAAGUUGGUUGCACAAACUAAGACCCUGUACAGGUGAUGCAAGUUGUGUGAAGUAUCUCAGGUUAUGUGGAGCCCUAAUUGUUGGGAAAACCAAUAUGCAUGAACUUGGUAUAGGAACAAGUGGAAUAAACCCUCAUCAUGGAUCAACAAGAAAUCCAUAUAAUUCAAGCAGGAUAUGUGGAGGCUCCUCUAGCGGAUCUGCUGCAGUUGUUGCUGCAGGACUAUGUCCUGCUGCUCUAGGUGUUGAUGGAGGAGGAUCUGUGAGAAUCCCUGCAUCUCUAUGUGGAGUUGUUGGUUUGAAGCCGACGUUUGGCCGUGUUCCUCAUUCUGGUGUCCUUCCUCUGAAUUGGACCGUUGGGAUGGUAGGGAUACUGGCAGGCACAAUUGAGGAUGCAUUUAUCGUUUAUGCAGCUAUAAGCAGCAAACUUCCAUCACAUCAGAAUACUGUACUGCCCAAACUUUGUUUUCCUUUGCUGAACUCUUCAAGACCAUUAUCUUCGGUUACAUUUGCAAAGUAUGGUGAGUGGUUUAACGACUGCAGUGAUGAUAUCAGAGUUUGCUGUUCCAAUGCCAUGGACAAACUUCAAAAACAUCACGGCUGGAAGACCGUGGAGGUGACUAUUCCAGAGAUAGAAGUAAUGCGUUUGGCACAUUAUUCAACAAUUGCAUCAGAGUGCAGCACUUCAUUAAGUUCUUAUCUUGAAAAGUUGGAUUCCUCACAACUAGGAUGGGAUGCAAGAGUAGCACUUGCUGUUUAUGGUUCUUUCAGUAGCAAGGAGUACAUAAAAGCUCAGAAGAUUAGGAAUCGUCAGAUGUAUUUUCAUCAGAAAAUAUUAGCACAUGCUGAUGUCAUUGUUUCACCAACAACAGGUGUAACUGCUUACCCAAUCUUGAAUGAUGCUCUCAAGACUGGAGAACUUGACUACAUUAAUGGAGCUGCCCUUGUUAGGUAUUCAAUAGCUGGAAACUUUCUGGGAUUACCUGCAGUAACUGUUCCAGUUGGAUAUGAUAAAACUGGUUUGCCAAUAGGCCUCCAGUUCAUUGGCAGGCCUUGGUCUGAAGCAACCCUUAUUCAUAUAGCAUGUGCAAUGCAGGCUCUCUGUAUUGCUGAUUACAAAAGUCCCGAAGUUUUUUAUGAUCUUCUCAGCAAAAAAUAAGUCCCAAGGAACCUCCAUAACUUUUAUGCAAUAUAUUGUAUGUUUAUUUUGUGCUUGCUCGUUACCGUAAGUAAUUUGAAUAUGGAGAGAGUUCUGAGGGAGUCGGUUUGUAUUUAAUAAGAGGUUCACUUCUACAGGGAGUAUUAUAUACUUUUAUAGGGAUAGAAUUUCAAUAUCUGCUCUCUGUUCUUGAUGAUAUCUCAAUUUCCUACCGAGGGUUUUUUUUUUUUUUUUUUUGAAAAAACAAAAACUGACAAAAGACUAAAUAU